UGGAACACCAUCAUCGAGGGCGCGUUGGAGGAGCAGCGGGUGGUGCGUAUCGACAAACAUCCCUCCCUGCACCUCGUCGCAGCAGCUGCACGAGGCCAUGCUAGAGCUCUUUUCAGACGUGCUGGCGGUGCGGGUGCAGCCAGCCACGACGCCCAUCCCCCUCAUCGCCAUUCACGCCUUUGCCAUCUUCCGCACCGCUGCUGCCGCCGCUGCUGCCGUGCUCUUCCUCUCCGCCAAAUGCGUCGUGCCCUCCCACUCCUCCCGCCCACUGAUUGGUCGCCUGCAGCGGCCGCCAGCAGUGACGGCAUCACCAGUGGAUGCGCCCUCAGCCUCUCUCGUGUCCCACGGGCCGGUCUACUUCGCCAUCCGCAACAAGCGGGGCCCCGGGCAGUACUCUGAUGACAAGAAGAACAACUUAACCACGUCACACUGUGCGCAGCCCAACGUAGUGGAGUAUGAGCUGGGGGUGGAGUGGAGGGCGGUGCAGCAGAGGGAGGUGCAUAUGGUGAAGGCGCUGCUUAAAGCCCACCAGGCGGAGCUCAACAGCCUGAUGCAGAGCAACCGAGACUGA